ACUCGACGCCCCCACCGGCUGACUGCGUCAACAUCUCCUCAGCACCACCAGCCAGCAGCUCCAGCCCAAUCCGUCAAAACUCCGGCUCUCCGCCGGACCCGCGUAACUACUUCCCCCCCGGAGCGCCUUAUUAAUUCUUUAUCUCCUGCUCGUAUUAAUGUCAGGAGCGGGACUGGAGGCAGAGAGCGGUGUCAGGCCAGGCCUUUGUCCCCGUGAGUUUCAGCACUGAGCAGCUCCCCGCUUCCAGGCGCCGCUAGAGGGACGGGUCGCAGGCAGGAGCUCAGCGGCGGAUUACCGGAUCCCUGAUUCGUUCUGCUGGGCGGUCCGGCUCUCAGCUGCCUGGUUGGGAGCUAGCUAACGCCUUGGACACUACAGCAGCAGCCAGGUGGUGUGUGACAGCAGAAUGCAGCAGUGGUGAGGGCACAGGGCGUGAUGUUGGUGGUGCUCGUGCUGAUGAUGGGGGUGGUUGUCGAGGGUCAUUCAUGCCUUCACGAAAACUGCUCCGUCUCCAACAGCUCAAAGAACUGGUGCUUUGCGGCCCGCAUUCGCAGCACUGUGCUGCAGGGCCUGCCUUUCGGGGGAGUGCCUACAGUCCUCGCUCUGGACUUCAUGUGUUUCUUGGGUCUGCUCUUUGUGUUCUCUAUCCUGAGGAAAGUAGCAUGGGAUUAUGGGCGUCUGGCACUGGUCUCCGACGCAGACAGGCAGGAUCAGCGAUACCGGCGUCUGGAUGAGCGGGAAUACAUGCGUUUUCUGGCCUUGGCUCCAGCACCAUGUGCCUCUCAGAGGCAGGAUGAUUACAGGGAGAGUGUGGCCUCAGCCAUGCAGACGCCGGUGGAUGCCCGCUACGAGCGCCUGACCUCGGUGUGCAGCUCGGUUGACUUUGACCAAAGAGACAGCGGUUUCUGUUCCUGGCUGACGGCCAUCUUCAGGAUAAAAGAUGACGAGAUCAGGGAGAAAUGUGGCGAGGACGCAGUGCACUACCUCUCCUUCCAGCGGCACAUCAUCGGUCUGCUGGUGGUGGUGGGCGUGCUCUCUGUGGGCAUCAUUCUGCCCGUCAACUUCUCAGGAGACCUAUUAGAUAAUAAUGCCUACAGUUUUGGGCGAACAACAAUAGCCAACUUGAAGGCUGGGACUAAUCUGCUGUGGCUGCACACUACAUUCGCUUUUCUUUACCUGUUACUGACCGUCUACAGCAUGAGGCGCCACACCUCCAAGAUGCAUUACAAGGAAGAUGAUUUGGUAAAACGCACUUUAUUUAUUCAUGGUAUCAACAAAUAUGCUGAAGAAAGCCAGAUAAAACAGCAUUUUGAGCAAGCAUAUGAGAACUGUGUUGUGUUGGAGGCUCGCAUCUGUUUUGACGUGGCCAAACUGAUGUACUUGGAGUCUGAAAGGAGGAAGACUGAGCGCAGCAAGAAGUUUUACACUGACCUGAUGGCCAAGGAGCAUGUGUCCACUAUGAUCAACCCCAAACCCUGCGGCCAUCUCUGCUGCUGCAUAAUAAAGGGCUGUGAGCAGGAGGAUGCAGUGAACUACUACACUAAUCUGGAGGCCAAGCUGAGGGAGGAGUACAAGAAGGAGAGAGAGAAGGUCAACACUAAACCUCUGGACAUGGCCUUCGUCACCUUCCAAAAUGAAGCCAUGACUGCACUUAUUCUGAAGGACUUUAAUGCGUGUCAGUGUCACGGCUGUCACUGUCGACGGGAGCCCAAAUCCUCACCGUUUAGCAGCAUCCUCCAAACGUACAACUGGACAGUCAGCUACGCUCCUGACCCACAAAAUGUCUACUGGGAGCACUUGUCUGUGGGGGGCUUGACCUGGUGGCUUCGCUGCCUCAUCAUCAACUGCUUUCUCUUCAUCCUGCUCUUCUUCCUCACUACGCCUGCCAUCAUCAUCUCCACCAUGGACAAAUUCAACGUCACAAAGCCUGUGGAGUACCUGAAUAAUCCCAUAAUCACCCAGUUCUUCCCCACCCUGCUCUUGUGGUGUUUCUCGGCCCUGCUGCCCACCAUCGUGUACUACUCUGCUUUCUUCGAGGCCCACUGGACACGUUCUGGGGAGAACAGAACCACCAUGCACAAGUGCUACACUUUCCUCAUCUUCAUGGUCCUGCUGCUGCCAUCACUGGGACUCAGCAGUUUGGAUUUGUUCUUCCGCUGGCUUUUUGACAAGACGUUCCUGGAUCAGGCUAAAGUGAGAUUUGAAUGUGUAUUUCUCCCAGACAAUGGAGCUUUCUUUGUUAACUACGUCAUCGCCUCAGCCUUCAUCGGUAACGCCAUGGACCUGUUACGCAUUCCAGGCCUGCUGAUGUACAUGAUCCGCCUCCUGCUGGCCCGCUCUGCAGCUGAGAGACGCAACGUAAAGAAGCAUCAAGCAUACGAGUUCCAGUUUGGAGCAGCGUACGCCUGGUUGAUGAACGUCUUCACGGUUGUCAUGACCUACAGCAUCACCUGCCCCAUUAUCGUUCCUUUCGGUCUGAUGUACAUGUUGCUGAAGCACUUGGUGGACAGAUAUAACAUGUACUAUGCCUACCUGCCAUCUAAACUGGACAAAAAGAUCCACUCUGGGGCUGUAAACCAGGUGGUGGCAGCACCCAUCCUGUGCCUCUUCUGGCUGCUUUUCUUCUCCACUGUUCGCACAGGAUUUGAUACAGCCACCUCAAUGUUCACAUUUGUAAUUCUGAUCAUCACGAUCAUAAUCUGCCUCUCUCAUGUUGUGUUUGGCCAUUUUAAGUACUUAAGUGCACACAAUUACAAGAUCGACACGCAAGAAGUGGACGGUGUAGAGAACGGUCAGCCGCCAGGCACCUCCCCACCUGCUAAGUCUGCACAAAAGUACAUUGCUCAAGUCCUUCAGGAGCAGACCUCGGAGGAGACGGCCUCGGGGAACGGCGACGACGGUCAGGGGUCCUCGCAGGACGAGGAGAUUCUCGGCACCGGCUCGGUGGUCAACGAGGCAGAUUUUCAGUCGGGGGAGGACAGCCUCAUCGACAACGAGGUGCACCAUUGACCCCUCGAUGAGCACGCCGCGUCGUGAAUGAAGCUAGAGAGACUAAAUAGCAAACCAAACAGACCAUACCUACUAAGCUGGGAGGAAUCUCUGCUCCAUGACCCUUUUACUAUCCUCUCACACCUGGAUACGUUCCUUCCACUGGGCCUCGGGAGCGUCGAGAAAACACUAACAGACCCUGACCCUUUCCUUUCCUAUUUAACUUGAACUAACUCAGAAACACGAGACUAACCUUCGCUAGGGAACUACGCUGCUGCUUGACAGCCCACUGACAUCCCGCUCUACAGGGUCACGAUCACCCUGAUCACUAAUUACCCUGAUAGAGACCACGGUGCAUCUCAUCAGGAUGAUGGAGUUAAACGUUCAUCAGUUCAGCAUCACUAACACACGCACACACCGUGGUUAAUUUUUUUUUUUUUUUGCUUUGGGGCAAAGAAAUUAUGCAAUCCUUUUUGAUUGUGAUAUUUAUUCAUUGAACUGUUAUGCAUUAGUCCUACUCAAUAAUGUUCUCCUGUCAGAGGCGUUUUAAUCAACAGUUACUAUAGUAUAAUGGGCUCUAAAAACAAAUAUCUCCUCUUCUUCGAGUUUUCCCUUUUAACACUAACGCCAAACACUAAAAAGUGUUCGCUCUGAAACACUCCACCAAACGCUGUCUCCACAGGGCACACGUGUGUGUGUGAGUCGCAGCAAACUGGUAUUAUUUCUGAAAUCGGUUGCCCCAGUUCUGUUUGGCUUCAGUUGUAACUGAACACUAACGUUAAUGAGCAGAUAUCAAGUACUUUCUGAACAUGGACUAAACCACUCACAGCUCUCCUCCACUCACCACUUUCACUGAGGAUUGGUUGAAGGAAUGUACAGAACCACAUUCAGCAAUAAAUCAGUGAAUCAGGAGGCUGAUCUCUGUAUUUUACAGAAGGCUAGUGCUGCAGAGUCACACACUAUUGCAACAGGAAUACUCAAUAUAUCAUGCGUUACUGAAAGGACUGCGUACAGUGUACAUCACACUGUGGGGUUUUCUCACCUCGCGUACUUUUAAUACUUGAUUGUAACAUGGUAUGUGUUAAUCUCUCGAAUUUGGUGGAUGUUCUUAAAGACAGACUGUGUGUUUGUAAGUGGCUUGCACGUUCGAGCAUGAGAGCCGGGUAUCGGAAUCUUUUUAAAAAAUGUAUUUUCAGUUGUUUUUAAUUAGUUACUAUUGCUUUGUGUCACUGUCCUGUUAAAGAAGUCAAAUCGUUUUAUCAUGAUGAAAUUCUUGAUGAAGUUCUGGGGUCACAAGGCCUAUUUGAUGUCCGCUCUGCCAUGAAGCUAAAGGAGAAUUCCACAGAGUUAUUUCUGCGUAAUUAAAUCAUUCAGUUGUAAAAAGCAUCAUUCUGUAGCCGUUGUAGCGAAAGGAACCAUAUUUAGGGUAAAAAAGGUUAUAAAGGUUCUGAAAUCUUGCUGUAAUCAGAAGAAGAAACUGUUGCAUUAAAUACUGAUAUUCAGUACUUUUUGUUUGAGACAAUGGGGCCUCAUUUACCAAGCAUUAAAAUGCAAUUUUACAUCGAUUCUGAAUGUGCUAAAGAUUUUCUAAUUUGGGAUUUAUUCUGAUUUGAAGGAUGGUGUGAUUCAUAAUAUAAAAGCUGCUCAAAAAAUAAUUCUUAAUUAUUUCAGACCUGAAUCAUGUUCCAGUGAUGUAAUAUGAGCUUUUUGUUUCACAAACCUCCCUAAACAUGAUAAUACGAGUUCUUAACCACAGUAAGUUAGUAAACAGUAGUUAUUAUUUUGCUUUAUUUGGCUCUAUAGGGCUGCCUUCCCCUAAUGUACGAUUUGCAGUUUGUUUCCUGUGCAGUGGGCAAAGCUAAGCUACUGUUACUUUAGCUUGUGAGUUGUUUAUUGGCUGGUCUAUAGUCUAUUAUGAUUGAUGACUGGUCUCUAUUAGUGUUAUGUGCAAAAAACCUAGGGAUGCACCCUAGUUUUGCACACUGGCACAGUUUUGCACUAGUUUUGCACACGGUUUGCACAUCAUUCUGGGCCAAUUCCAAUAUCCGAUAUUACACAUGUAUACACUGUAUAUGCCAAUAUACACAUUUAUAACUUGCAGAGAGACAAGAUAGAAUACUUUAUAACUCUAUAACUUUAAAACUAAUCAUUUUUGAAGUUGCACCGCCAUUGUUGGCUGUAGUUACUUUUCCGGCAUAAAAUAAAUUUGACAUCAGAUAUCUUUUUAAAAUGUUGCCAUCAUCGAUAUAAUGCUGAUAUGAUUGUACGUUGUGCGUUCCUAAACAAAUCAUUUAAAACAGAAAAGAAAAUACAUGAUGUCUGUUGUAAUGGACGCAAGGUCUGAAAGGGUUAAUAACAAAGAAAAAAAAUCUGAAGAUUUGGAGAAUAAGGCUGAGAUUAGAGAAAAUAGCGCUGAAAUGCAGCUUAAUUUUUAGACUUUCAGUGUAUUUGUUACAACCACUACAGUGGAAAAUUUUCACCCAUUAAAUUAUGCAGAAAAGCUGAAACCUGCAUGGAAUUCCCAUUUAGAGCGCUGCUGGAAUCAACCCAAUUUACUGAACAUUCACCAGAUGUCUGUCUGGCUGUGCGUCAGUUUCUGAAACUGAAAAAUUGAAAAAAAAAAAAAAAAAAAGUCACCCGAGCUUACAGAACUAAGGGCGGUUAGAGGACACUGAGCAAGACACAGCCGUCCCUGUGUGCUGUGAACACACUGUGCCCGAGGCAAAGCAGCCAGACACAGUUAUAUUUAUCAGAAGAACAGUUACACCUCUGAGAGAGCAAUAAUGAAAAACAGCAGAAGGGCUGCAGGAUCAGUGUAAAUAACGCCUAUCAGUUCAGUUUUCUGACUGUUUAAGGAUAAAUUUGAUUUUUUGUUUUAUUUUAUUUUUUGUUUCAUUUUUUCCUUUUGAACAGAAUUUCAGGAAAAUUAGGAAUACAUGAAAAAAUGAUCUUUUCUUGGUUCAUCAGAUUUUUUCCCCCCAUUUUUGCAUCAUCCAGCCUAUAUUUAUUACAAUAAUUAUUCCUCAGAGUGCACAACCUGUUGAAUCUUGAAGCAAAUGGGCUUCAACAGUAAAAGAUCAUGUCAGGUUCCUCAGAAAGCUGAGGCUGCAUUACACACAAGCUCACAAACACUGGUCAGUUCAACACUGAUGAAUUUUCAUUUCUGUUGAGGCACACAGAGGAAAGACCAACAAAUACCUGAAUAACACCUGUGACGACUGAUGACAAAAACUCGAAGAAAAUUGAACUGACAAACGUUACACUGACCCGAUAUAAAUAAAGGUCUAAUGACCGACCUUUAUUAAAACACUAUGUAUCGUAAGAAUUCUGAUAACAGAUACUAGGAUUGUACUCGCUUUCUUAAUGAUGGUUUCCUGAAAGCACAUAAACACAAUAACAAUCUUCAACUCCAGCACACACACACACUUACAGACACACUCACUUUAUUAAGUGAGAUAGAUGAUCUUAACACUAAGGUGCUUCCAGGAAACUGGUUGGUAAUCCCUGCUGACAAAACGAAAUGAAGUGUGUUAUUUUUAUUUUUAAUUUUUUUGUAGUUGUGAUUUAAUUCUAAUUGUUUACAGUAAUUCCAGUGCAAUGUCUGGACUGCUACUUUCUGCCACUAAAGUCCUGAAGCAGUGGUCUGUAGACAGUAGUGUGUGUGUGUGAGCCUAUGAUUAGAAUAUAGGAGGCAUCGCGUUUGAAAGCUUUCUGCAACGACACACUGUAAUUUUACUCGUUUGUGAACAGUCAUGGCGCUGAUGAUCACGUUUCAGUUCUCGGAUGGUGUACAACACUUACCCCCACAUUUCCCUGUAGGACUUCCGCAUCACUGUACCUGUGAAGUGAGUUAGACACUGUAAUGUGCUGAAUGUAGGAAUGCUUUGUAAAUCAGUGCACAGACGCGUAAUUUUACACGUAAUGAUGUGAAGGCAGUGCUUUCAAAGCUCAUCUCAGUACUCUCGUUUUUAUUGUUUCGGACAAACUCUCUACUGUCUUUAUUUAUUUCAUUUGUCUACACUUUCUCAUGGGAUGGGGGUGAUGCUGCUCACACUGAAAUCCUUUGCCUAUGAAAGGAGCUGUUGGAGGCGUUUAAUAUUUGUGUAAAUAGACUCAUUGCACUGCUCUCAUGAACACUAAACUGUGGUAUUUAAGUAAAUGUAAGCUGAAACAGUAAAUGACCUGUACAGUCCACCAAGAUGUAUGUUUUUUUGUUUAGUUUUUUUUUUUUUUUUUUUUUUCCUCUUUUUUCUCCAGCACUAAGCUUCUCUGUCCGUCUCUCUCUUACAGCUCUGGAAUGAUAACAGUGCUACUUUGUGUUGAGCGUUUUGUAUCUCGGUCCAUCCCGCCUCUGAAAAAGACCUUUUUGUAAAAAUGUCAUGCUCAGAAUCUUCAAUGUCUUUGAACAAUAAAAUUAGCCUUCACUGCUAAA